GUCGUAGGCCAGAAGGCGCGUGUGUUUUAGCUCGAAGGUGAAGUCGGACUGAUCCGGUGGGUCCGGACCCUAAAGAUGUUUCACCUGUCUCCGGUGAUUCAGGUAUGUGUCCGCCGGCAGCUGUGGAGGACUGUCUCCCGCCGGGUCCCCUCUGCGGCCUCUGCGGCACCGGGCUCAGGUCGGGGUCUGAUCCGGCAGCUCAGCAGCAGAGACGGUGGAAGGUCCCGGAGCUGCACCGUAGACCCGAACCUGGAGGAACAGUUCGUGUUUCUGGACUGUACAGAUCCGGAGGACGACCCCCAUCAGGAGGAGAGAGACCUUGUCCACCAGCUGAGCCUCCGGCACCCCCCCCCUUCCAUCUCUCCUCCUGAAAAGCCUCAGGUCCCCCCCCAGAAACACCUGAGGACUCUGGAGCGUCAGCUGCAGGUGCUGAGGGGUGGGGCCCAGCGGGAGGCCAACCCUGACUCUCUAAUCCAGUUCCAGGAUGUGGAUUUCCCAUUGGAUGAAAACCUUAUAGCUGCAAAGACUAAGAAGAAGAAGAAGGCCGCAGGUAAAGGUGAGCACAAGGUCUUUGGGACUCCGGACGUGAACGAGCCGGUCAGUGACACCUGCUGCUUGGGCUGUGGAGCCGUGCUGCACUGCACCUCCAUCCGGGCCCCCGGGUACCUGCCCAGCGAGAAAUACAAGGCCCUGCUGCAGGAGGGGCGUCUGAGGGAAGCCACCUGCCAGCGCUGCCACCUGCUCACUCAUCAUCACAAGGCCCUGAACUUACAGGUGUCUAGAGACCAGUACCGGGCCGUGGUGCAGCAGAUCCGGCCACACCGGGCCCUGGUGCUGCUCAUCGUCGACUUGCUGGACCUCCCCGACUCCAUCGUCUCUGGCCUGCCCGAGCUGGUGGGGACCAACAAACACGUGGUCGUCCUCGGCAACAAGAUCGACUUGCUGCCUGGGGACUCGCCCGGCUACCUGCAGCGGAUCAAGCGGCGGCUCGCCCAGUACUGUCAGGAAGCCGGCAUCGGGGGCCAGGUCACUGACGUCCACCUCAUCAGCGCCAAGACCGGGUAUGGUAUCGAGACCCUGAUCUCCGGCCUGCAGAGGUCCUGGAAAUACAAAGGCGACGUGUACCUGGUGGGGAGUGCCAACGCGGGAAAGUCGACCCUCUUCAACACGCUGCUGGAGUCCGACUACUGCAAGUCCAAAGCCUCUGAUGUCAUCCACAAGGCCACCAUAUCACCAUGGCCCGGGACGACUCUGAACCUGCUGAAGUUUCCCAUCAUCAACCCGACUCCGUACAGGAUGUUCAGACGACAGGAACGACUGAACGAAUCGUCGCAACAGACGGAGAGCGAGCUGUCGCAGGACGAGCUGAGGAGGCUGAGACAGUUCAGCAGACAGGGCUACUUAGUGGGCCGUGUCGGCAGAACGUUCCGGUCUGACGUUCGAUCCAGACCAAAUGAGAUCCAGUUUGAUCCAGACAGUUUGGCUUUUGGAGAAAAUGACGACGGACAGAGGACGACAGGUCCCAGCAGGACAGUGGAGGAGUUCACCUACAACGAGCUGAAGGACGCUCACUGGCUGUACGACACCCCGGGGAUCAUGAAGGAGGACGAUAUCCUCGGCCUGUUGGACGAACAGGAAGUGAAGCUGGUGGUUCCCACUCAGGCCAUCGUCCCGCGGACGUUUGUGCUGAAGCCCAGUAUGAGUCUGUUUGUGGGAGCUCUGGCCAGGAUCGACUUCCUGCAGGGACAAAAGUCCUGCUGGUUUUCAGUGGUGGCAUCCAGUCGGGUCCCCGUCCACAUCACCAGUCUGGAAAAAGCCGACAGCGUUUAUGAGAAACACGCGGGACACGUCCUGCUGGGGGUGCCCAUGGGAGGAUCGGAGCGUAUGAAGGAGUUUCCGGCGUUGGUUCCUCAGGAGUUCAGGUUGGAGGGUCGAGGUUACCUGGAGGCUGCUGCUGACAUCAAACUGUCAUCUGCAGGUUGGGUGGCUGUGACGGCAGUUGAAGGUGAUGAGGUGUUGUUGAGGGUUCACGGUCCGGAGGCAGCAGGUUUCAGUCUGAGGACGCCGCCUCUGCUUCCUCACAUCGUCUCUCUGAAGGGACAACGCGUCCAAAAAUCGGCCGCCUACAAACUGAUGAAACCACCGGGGCUGGUGGACAGUGGACUGUCAGCCAAAGGCGCCGAAAGGCUGCAGGUGAAGAAGAAGAAGAAAUGAACCUGCAGACAGGUGAUAUACAGAGGGACAGGUAGGAGGAGCCGGUGUCCACGACAAUGUCUGUCCAUCACUUCUUCGCUUCUGCGGUCAGUGACUUUAGAAAUGCUGGAGAGACAGAUGUGGACAGAACAGACAGAUGUUGUCUCCUGAAUGGUUCUGCAGAGGUGGUGAGUUCGUGGCCUCUGACCUCUGACCCCUGCGAGCCAGAUGAACCUGAACCGUUUCUUCACCUAACGUGGAUCCACCAGGUCCCAGGUGAAGUCCCUGCAGUGGACAGACGUUAGUGUACGAGCAGAGACCCUGACGUGAGGCUGAUGAAGACGUGACAGAAAUACUGAGUGUGUUUGUAUGUACGUGUUUUUCUACUCGUCCGUGUUUCGAACAGACACAG